CAAAACACAUCUUAACUGAUAGAUGGAGAUGGAGAUGAAGAGAGGACAUGUACUAGCAGUGCCAUAUCCAACACAAGGACACAUCACACCAAUCCGCCAAUUCUGCAAACGACUUACCUCCAAAGGUCUCAAAACCACUCUCACUCUCACCACUUUCAUUUUCAACUCCAUCAAACCUGACCCAUCUAGUCCCAUCUCCAUAGCCACCAUCUCAGAUGGCUACGACCUCCAUGGCUUCGACUCAUCUGACUCCAUCGACAAAUACCUCCAAGACUUCAAAACAUUCGGCUCCAAAACCAUUGGUGACAUCAUCCGCAAACACAAGACAAGUGAUAACCCCAUCACUUGUAUCGUCUACGAUGCUUUCAUGCCUUGGGCACUAGACGUUGCUCGAGAGUUUGGUUUAGCUGCGAGUGUUUUCUUUACGCAGUCUUGUGCUGUUAACUAUGUUUACUAUCUUUCUUACGUAAACCAUGGAAGCUUGAAGCUUCCUAUUCAAGAUUUACCUUUUCUUGAGCUUCAAGAUUUGCCUUCUUUUUUCUCUGUUUCUGGAUCUUACCCUGCUUACUUUGAGAUGGUGCUACAACAGUUUACAAACUUCGAAAAAGCUGAUUUUGUACUCGUUAAUACCUUCCAAGAGUUGGACCUUCAUGAGAAGGAGUUGUUGUCAAAAGUUUGUCAUGUGUUGACAAUUGGACCGAGUGUUCCAUCAAUGUACUUAGACCAACGGAUCCAAUCAGACACAGACUAUGAUCUGAAUCUAUUUGACUCGAAGGACUCUGCCUUCUGCACUAGCUGGCUCGACACAAGGCCACAAGGGUCAGUGGUGUAUGUAGCAUUUGGAAGCAUGGCGAAGCUCAACAAUGCUCAGAUGGAGGAGCUUGCUUCAGCAGUAAGCAACUUCAGCUUCUUGUGGGUUGUCAGAGAUUCAGAGGAAGCAAAGCUGCCGUUAGGGUUUCUUGUGACAGUCGACAAAAACAAGAGCUUGGUCUUGAAAUGGAGUCCUCAGCUAGAAGUUUUAUCAAACAAAGCCAUAGGUUGUUUCUUGACUCACUGUGGCUGGAACUCAACUAUGGAGGCAUUGACAUUUGGAGUUCCCAUGGUUGCUAUGCCUCAAUGGACGGAUCAACCUAUGAAUGCAAAGUACAUACAAGAUGUGUGGAAAGCUGGAGUUCGUGUGAAGAUAGAUGAGGAGAGUGGGAUUGUUAAAAGAGAAGAGAUUGAGUUGAGCAUUAAGGAAGUGAUGGAAGGAGAGAAGAGUAAAGAGAUGAAGGAGAAUGCAAGAAAAUGGAGAGACUUGGCUGUCAAGUCACUAAGUGAAGGAGGAUCUACAGAUAUUAACAUUGAUACAUUUGUAUCAAAGGCUGAGAGAAAAUAAGUUAUUAGAUGAAGUAGCACAGAUGUUAAGUAUCAAACCAUGCCUUCAUGUCUUAAUCACUAUGUUUUGUUUCUUACUUACUCGUUUUUUUUUGUCGUGAUUACUCUUGUUUUUGCUACAUUUAUAGUAUCAUAUAAACUAGAUAUUUCCAUGCAUGC